GGAGCGGUGGGCGUGGCCUAGGAAAGAUGGCGGCGCCCGCGACUCCUGGCGAGCCGCAGGCUUCCGGGGCUCCUCAGCUUCCCGUGUGUCUCUUGGUGCUGGGAAUGGCAGGAUCCGGGAAAACUACCUUUGUACAGAGGCUCACAGGACACCUGCACAACAGAGGCUCUCCACCUUACGUAAUCAACCUGGAUCCAGCUGUGCAUGAGGUCCCCUUUCCCGCCAACAUUGAUAUUCGUGACACAGUGAAGUACAAAGAAGUCAUGAAGCAGUAUGGACUUGGGCCUAAUGGUGGCAUAGUGACCUCACUCAAUCUCUUUGCUACCAGGUUUGAUCAGGUGAUGAAAUUUAUUGAGAAGGCCCAGAAUACAUUCAAAUAUGUCUUGAUUGACACACCCGGACAGAUUGAAGUAUUCACCUGGUCAGCUUCGGGGACAAUCAUCACAGAGGCCCUGGCAUCCUCAUUUCCAACAGUGGUCAUCUAUGUCAUGGACACGUCACGGAGUACUAACCCAGUGACCUUCAUGUCCAAUAUGCUAUACGCAUGCAGCAUCCUGUACAAAACCAAGCUGCCUUUCAUCGUGGUCAUGAACAAAACUGACAUCAUUGACCACAGCUUUGCAGUGGAGUGGAUGCAGGAUUUCGAGGCUUUCCAGGAUGCCCUGAACCAGGAGACUACCUACGUCAGUAACCUGACCCGUUCCAUGAGCCUGGUGUUAGAUGAAUUUUACAGCUCGCUCAGGGUGGUGGGUGUGUCUGCUGUGGUGGGUACCGGCUUUGAUGAGCUCUGCGUUCAGGUCACCAGUGCUGCCGAAGAGUACGAAAGGGAAUAUCGGCCUGAAUAUGAGCGUCUGAAGAAAUCACUGGCGAGUGCCCAGAGUGAUCAGCAAAAGGAGCAACUGGAGCGCCUUCGGAAGGAUAUGGGCUCUGUAGCCCUGGACACAGGCACUGGCAAAGACAGCGAAUCUCCUAUCCUGGACCCUUCUGAGUUGAUCCUGACUCGAGGAACCUUGGAUGAAGAGGAUGAGGAAGCUGACAGUGACACUGAUGACAUUGACCACAGAGUUACAGAGGAGAGCCGUGAAGAGCCAGCAUUUCAGAACUUCAUGCAGGAGUCAAUGGCACAGCACUGGAAGAGAAGCAAGUAGGCCAGCCCAGUUGCUGCCAGGAGUCUGACAAGCUGGGUGUCCACGCAGAGGACGUCCUUCCUGAGAGGACUGCAGUCAGAGCAGUUUUCUCCAGGAUGGUGACUGCUCUGGGGGAAACUGGACUCAGAUGAAGUCGGUUAAAGGUGGAGCUGGUGGGUGGGUGCCCAUCCUUGGUUAGCGUCUCCUGAUAUUUGCACAAGGACGUUUUCGAACCACUCUGCAAGCUGACAACUCUUCAGCCUAAAACUUCAAAAAAAAGUUGCAUUGUUUGAACUCAAGUCCUUUUGCUGCUGCUGAGACUCAGAGAACAUCUGUCCUGAAGACAACUUGGAAUCUUGACUAGGCUAGAUCUGUGGACUGAGCCUCCUUAGCACUGUGUGCCUGACUCUGCACCCCAAGUUAAGCAGAGUGGGAGAGGGGGAACGGAGGGGCAGGGCAGUGCCCUUGGCAGCCAGUGGAUGUGAGAUUGCUCAUCCGAGGCAGCACAUGAUCAAGAAGCCUGUCUGAAUGGGGACUUAAGAGUUUUUAACUGGUGAACCUGCCGUGAUUUGAUAUUAGAAAGUAUGUGAUCACUGACAGAUUGACUGCCGUGAGUUACAACAGAGCUUUAGAGACAGGCUGGUGGGAGGUAAUGUGUAGCUUAGUUCCCAUGCUCAUCCACCUAACCAGGGUCAAAACCAUAUCCUGUUUAUAAUGUACUUAGUAGAAAACCUUUUCCGUGAGACAGGAUUUGGUGUGUUGAGUACAUGCAUAGCUCGAAGGGUUUGCCCCAGUUCUCAAGAGUGUAGUCCCUGGACCAGAAAUAAAAUCAUCAGCCGAGAAGUUUUUAUUGAUGCAUCUUCAAAUCGGCUUCGUUAGAAAUGGGGUGGGGGCCCAGCAGGCUGCUUAAUAAGCCCUCCAGUUGACUGCGGUGUGCUGUUUUCAAAACGCUGUUCCAACUUGGCCUAUGACUAAAUCUCAGGCCAGGUGCAUCAGCCACCCAAUCCUCAUAAUUUGCCUUUUAUCUUUCUCGGCUGGUGGCUAUUCUCCAGUGUUAUUUCAGAGAAACGGAGAAUUUUAUCUAUUAUUUAAUAUUGCAUACAUAGUGGGAAAUGCUGGUCUGAAAAUGUGACCUUUUUCUUUUUUUAAAACUAAAACCUUUCUGCCAGACAUCGUGGUGCAUGUUUUUAAUCCGAGCACUUGGGAGGUGGACAGGUAGGUUUCUGUGAGCUGCAUAGUAAGACCCUGUCUCUAAAAAGAGAAAGAGGACCUUUCUAUGUGUCCCAGAUCACUGUCUGUAGGGCUGGACCAUACUCGUUUGACCUGUUCUUCAAGGGGGAAACCAUUUGCAAGGCAAGACUUCAGACAUAUUUAAGUCUUAUGUCACUUGCACAAGACCUAGUAUAUGGAGAACCUUAAUGUUUCCUAAGGAAGUGAACUAAAUACUUUAUGUACACUAAUUGCCUUUUGGCCACUCUGUUCAUGAAAAUGAAGAUAAGGUCUGCCUCAGUUAGGGUUUCUAUUGCUGCAAAGAGACACCAUGUCCACAGCAACUCAUUUUCCCCCCCUAUGUGCAUUGGUGUUUUGCCUGCGUGAAACUCUGUGUGAGGGUGUCAGAUCUUGGAGUUAUAAACAGUUGUGAGCUGCCAGGUGGUUGCUGGGAAUUGAACCCUGGACCUCUGGAAGAGCAUUCAGUGCUCUUAACUGCUGAGCCAUCUCCCCAGCCCCCUACACGACAUUUAGUAGGGUGCUAGGGAUCCAUCCAAACUCUGGUCGUCAAGUGCCCUGGUUCAUUCUCAUUCAAACCACCACAAGAUCAAAACAGGAUUUUUAGGGUAUUAAGGAUUGAUUUACAAAAUUAUAUUUUAAAAUAAGUUAUAACUUUAGGAGAAGGCAGGAGGACUGCAGGCCAGACUAGGAUACAUGAUUUGACUAUCUUUAAAAACCCUGAAACUGGGAUGGAGAUGGUUUAGUGGGUGAAAGGUACUUGCUAUGCAGAUCUGACACCAUGCCUUUGGUCCCUGGAGCCCAUGUGAAGGUAGAGAACUGACUGCAGAGUUGUCUCUGGCCUCCCUGUACAUACCCCCACGCAUAUGUACCAGCACAUAAUAAACACCCUGAAACAUUCUGAACCUUGGGUUGCCAUUUGAGGUAGCACACCCCUCCUUUGUCAACUCGUUCACCAUUUGAAAUUAGUGUGGUGCGUGGCCUUCGCAGCUUAUUGCAGUGGGCAUCAGUUAAUGCAGUAACCCGGAAUUGGCCAAAGGGUGGAGACUAUGUGAUGGUAAAGCAUUAAUAAUACAUCUGUACCGACUCUCCAACAAUCAGGGAACGUCACUUAAGAGGGAAUGGGAAAAAAAAAAAAGAGGGAAUGGGAAGAACUGAAGAACCAGAGGAUGGGGAGAUAUAAAGCAGAAAGAUGUCUUCUGGAUGACUUAGCCUUUGCACUCAUGAAGUCCUGCAGCUGUGGUUCUCUAUACAGACCUGCACAAGAUUGGCCUGUCAGCGUUUCACUGUGACGAGAGAGGGCGCCUUGAGGCCCCAUCCCCUCUGAUGAGGGACUGUUGGCAAAGAAUGGUUGUUGAGGGAGGGGCCUUGAGUAGCCACUGCUAAGUUGCCAAUGCUCAGUAAGUUCCUACCCAUGCUUGAGGCAACUCAGAUGAACCCUGGAUCACACACAGAAGACAAAGUUGUUUGGAAGAGGGCAAAACUCAUGGUCAAAGAAUUUUAAAAAGAAAAGAUUGGAAUAACUCAAAUGACCUUUUCCUUUUUUUUUUUUUUUCCAAGACAAGGUUUCUCUGCAUAGGUCUGCCUGUCCUGGAACUCUGUAAACCAGGUUGGCCUUGAACUCAGAGACUCAGAGAUCUUCACCUGCCUCUGCCUCCCAAGUGCUGCGAUUAAAGGUGUGUGCCACCACUGCCCCGCUCAAAUGACUUUUUUUCAAAAAUAAUUUAUUUGUGUUUGCCUGCCUAUGCAUGCAUCCUAGCAUGUACGGGGGCCACAGGAGAGCUUGGAGGAGUCAGUUCUCUCCUUGUACCAUGUGGGUUCCUGGGAUCAAAGUCAAGCUGCAAGUGCCUUUACCCACUGAGCCAUCUCUCAAAUGUCUUAAAAAGAAAAAACAAACAAACCUGAAACAAAACCAGAUGCUGCCCAUCCAGCAGCUGUAAUAGGUCCUGUUUGCUUCCUUCACAAAAGGAAAAUGAACAGUUGGAAAAUGUGCAUGGUGAAAAAUAGUUAAGUCUGUGCUAGCAGAAUGAGCUUAGUAAAAGUAAAACUGAUGAGGCUGGAUGGAAUGAUGGAGAAAAGAAUUGUGGGGACAACUGUUUACAUAAGAAUAAUGGCUGUCACCACAGGGUUUUCAUUUUGUAAGAGGCUUGAGCAAAAAUCAUUUUGAAAUAUGACUGCUGACCUUUGUUACGUUUCACUUACUAUCUUCUUACUGGGUUCCCAAUGACAUGACCCAAAAUAAAUCAGUGACGCCUG